UUAUAUCAAGAGCGCCAGAACUCUUUACCUCGUUUUCAUCAUGUGGGAGAGGAGCAACAAACGUACAGAAAUAUAUCCAUCUUCGAAUGUCUCAGAGGAAGAAAAUGACUCGUCUGGUGUUCUUAGUGGUAGCAGAAGCAGUGAGAGAAAGAGCAAAAGAAAUCUCUUUGGUUUUUGGCUUCUCGGCUUGUGUAACUACUUUGGCUUCGUAGUUAUGUUAAUUGCUGCUCAUGAUAUUCUUCAUCAAGAGAAAACAAGUAAUCGAGGAAACCAAACCUACAUGCCUAAUGCCAGCUCCAUAUGGCACGUUACUGAAUCGUUACAGUCAGCAGAUGGUUUAGAGUGCAGCCCUUUUUCAACCGGGACUGUUCUGUUAGCCGAUAUUUUGCCUUCAUUCGUUAUCUCGAUAACAGCACCAUUUUUCAUGCAAAGAACGCGAUACAGUGUACGCAUGGCAAUAUGUGUUUUGUUUGCCUUCGCAAGUUUUUCCAUUGUGGCGUUUUCUCGUGUACUCUGGAUUACUUUGUUGGGUGUAGCGUUUGCAAGUCUGAGUUCUGGAUUGGGAGAAGCUACAUUACUGAGCUAUUCAGCUCAUUUUGACAGAGAUGUUGUAUCAACAUGGUCAUCUGGUACUGGGGGUUCUUCAGCAUUUGGUGCACUAUCCUAUGCUGGGCUUAUUUCUUCGGGCAUCACUCCAAGAAACACAGUGCUUAUAAUGAAUGUCAUACCAUUUCUAAUGGGAAUUUGCUACUGGUUUAUCCUUGAACAUCCCGAGGGUAUAACUGAACGAGAACCUUUGUUGGGAAAAGCAAGGACAGAAGGAGCUGACAAACUCCCUGUUGUUCCGCUAACCUUUGGGAAGAAACUUACCAUUACCAAAUCACUGAUGAAGUUUAUACUGCCGAUAUUCUUUAUUUAUUUUGCUGAAUAUUUCAUCAACCAAGGUUUGCAUGAAUUGAUAUACUGGAAUCGAAUUUGGCUUUCGCCUUCUGACCAGUACAGAUGGUAUCAAGUUAGCUUUCGGGUUGGUACAUUUAUAUCACGUUCAUCUGUUAACAUCUUCCCCAUCAAAAAGACUUGGUUAUUGGCCGUUCUACAGAAUGUCAAUCUUGUCAUACUCCUGUGCGAAGCGUAUUUCCCCUUCCUGCCAUCAGUGUGGAUCAUGUUCUUGAUAUCCUUAUAUGUAGGGCUUCUAGGAGGUUCCUGUUACGUCAAUACAUUUUACAGGAUAUCACAAGAGGUCCCGCCGGAACAUAGAGAGUUCUCGAUGGGUGUGACCAGCGUGCCUAUAAACGGUGGCAUUGCACUAGCUGGUGUCGCUGUUUUGCCUGCCCAUAGAGCUUUCUGUACGUACUGGAGAAACAAGAUGAGAAGUUAACGGUUACUUUGGUGCCUGGUUUAAUAGAUAAAUGUUUCAUCGGAAACCGAUGCAAGAAGAAAAAGAAGAAAGAA